AUGACCCUCCUAACAAAGUCCACAGACACCACACCCCCAACAGACCGCUUCCACACCUGCCCACACCCAUACCACACGCCCUACUCCGAGAUCAACCUCCCCCCAAUCCUCUUCCGCAUGGACGCACCCAUCGGCCAAGACCUCCCAGACCUCUCCCCUCUAAGAGAAAACGGCCAAGUAGCACGAGACCACGAGGACAAAGAGAUCUGGGACUUCCCCUUCCUACCACGAUACAUCACCAGCAGUCCCCCAGGCUGGCUCCUCGAGUACUGGAUGCGCACCGAUCCACGCCUCACCUACCGCGACAUCCGCGUCCGCAUGGCCGGCCCUCUUCACCUCCGCCCCCACGAAAACGCCCUCAACAUGCGUCGAGAGCGCGACGCUCGUCGUCCUCUCCGCCUAUCCUGCUGGACGUACCGGCGUGGCACCCCAGGCCGUCUCAACAAGAUCGAUGUUGAGCGCGUCGAACGCUGGUCUAUCGAUCAGAUCCGCUACAACACCACCAUGGAUGUUGUGUAUGCCGAUGGCGGGCCUGUGCGUCUCGAAGAUCGAGCCCUGGCUGCACACACGCCCGCCACCUAUCCGUUGGAUUAUUUUCUAAAUCAGGGCAGGACGGAGAUCCCCAGUGAGCGGAUUAGGGUUGCGCAGAGCGUGUUCUUUAGGUUGUCGGAGCGGGCGAAGCAGUUGGGCCUUGGUUCUUGGAGGCAGUUGCCUGAUAAUGAGUGGCCGGACACGUUCAGGUAUAAUAUCUCUCGUUGA